CUCCAUAACUUUUCAGGGUCCUCGACUGAGCCUCAAACUUGCAGUCCUAGGGCCAAAUCAACCACCAAGAUGCUUCCGACGCCUCUGCAGGGCACGUACCAGCAGUACAAAGCAGACACCGACUCAGUCGCAGCAUGGCUCGCUUCAACGGCAAAGCAUGCGGUUACCCAGCUGAUCUACUCACCUCCACUGCUAUACAAUUAUCUCAACCUAAAGCUGCAGGUCAUUUGAGGCAAAGGCUAGAAAAGAUGCUAAGAAGCAAAAGCCAGCCCCGAGUAUAGCUCCCCCAGUGGAAACAACUCGACCCAAGUACAUCAUCGCGAUAAAGGGCUUUAUCGCUUCGACAAAACCGCUCAUUUCAGUGCCUAAGUCUCUAGCUGAGACUAUCGACCGCGUUAUUUAUAUGCGCUCGAGAUUCGGAGCCCAGUUGGAAGAACGUGGAGCAGAAUCAGAUAAAGACUCUGAUGCAAUGCAUAACUACUUCAUCGGAGUUCUAGAGAGUGUCAGAAGUGUUCUUCGCCCCCGAAUGCCUGCCGACACACCAUCAUACGACUCGAUCAAAGACCUGACAAACCGCUUCAGUAGUCUCAAUGUUUACGAACCAUCGCAAGAAUUCCUCGACGCGUCGAAUUAUACCCGGCCUGAAAAAACUCAAGACGAUGAAAACACCUACGAGGCUGAACCGCAAAAGACUCCUGAGGAUGCUAUGAUAGCCUACGAUGUGAUGCUGGACGAUCUCACCAAUAUACGAUCUCACAUCAACAUCAUUCAGGUUUAGGGUAGCUAGUGCCUAAAAGUUAAAAGUUUGAAACUUAUAAUAUUAAAAUUUGCAUUAUAUAUUAUAAGACCUCUGCUAACUUUGUUACGAUCCCAGCGGUUACGUCACGUGUACCUCACAGCUUUCCUCCAGUUAGCAAUGCAACUCAUGCCUAUCACCGUAAGACCAUCGUGAACCGCCU